AUGACCUCACGCAGAACAGGGCGGGUGUCUGCCUUUGUGGAAGUAAGGCAGGCGCCCACCUCCACUAUUGGGAUGGCGGGUCCAGCGCGCCGUGAGGGCUACGCGAGGCCGGAUCCAGCGGCCUUCACCCCACGCUGCCGGCGUACGCGGCUUCUGUGCAGCCUGGGGAUGCGAUGCGGGGUUCCGAGGCUCCUCCGGCAUCCCGCCGCCGGUACCGGGGGAAAAAAGGGAGAUCCGCCUCCUUCCUCCCCGCAGCUCAUCGAGUACGCCAAGCUGGGGGACACCAACGAGCGCGCCAUGCGCAUGGCGAACUUCUGGCUGACGGAAAAGGACCUCAUCCACAAGCUGUUCAAGGUGCUGGCACCCCGGUUCCAGCCCCACCCCGGCAGCUACACCCGCCUGCUGCAGAUCCCCAACCGGGAUGGCCUUGACCGCGCCAAGAUGGCGGUCAUCGAGCUCAAGGGGAACCCCUUCCCACCGCUCAUCUGCCCGCGACGCGACACCGAGAAGACACUGCUCAACCAGCUGCUGAAGGGCUACCGGGAGGACAUGCAGCGGGCGGCAGCCCCACAGGCCCCCGAGGGCACCCCUGUCUAGGCAUCCCCCUCUGCCCUGAGGGAGGCCCCGUGCCUGCACAGGGACGGGGUUUGGCGUGAGCUGCCCACGCACCAGCCAGCUUGUUGCUGUCCUGGAGCACAGGAAUGGAGGACGUCCCAGGAGGUCUGAAGGUUGAUGACUGACCUUGAGUUGCUGUGACAGGGGCACAAGCUCAAGGUUUACUCGCUGCUUCCUGCGGUUUGAAUAGAGACUCGGCAAGAGAAGGAAAUCAAGCUGGGAGCCCUAAUGGUUGAUAUUCUCUGUGUAAAUAAACUCUGUUCAGAAAGUG